AUGUUUCUUGGAUACAUUUUAGAAACAAUCAGUGUUAUAUCUUCAAAUUCAUGAUUCUAUAUAUUGUACGUAAAAGCUAAAAAUGGCAUAGAAAUCCUCUCAUUGAUUCCAAAUUUCAUAAAGCAUAACCAAAAGAAUCUACUCAAACAGCAAGAAUCUUUUCCACUUCCCCAGGAAAUAGAGUUUUCUGAAUAUGAGCAUCCCUUUAUUGAAGGCUAUGAUGCAAGAGUCCAGGUUCAGGAUUCACAGAAGAAUAUCAAUAAGAGAGCAAAAUUAAGCGAGGUGGAAUUAUCUAAGAAAAAUAAUAUUUCUAAAAAUGUCAUCACCAAAAAUUUUAUACACAAAGAUAUUUCAGUAGGCUCAUUAAGAGAUUCGAGAAGUCUGAACUCAGGUGAACAAAAUGAGCAGUCCUUCCGACCAAAUAAAAUAUUUAAGAUUUUUAGAGAUAAUAUUACUCCAUCUGAUAGAGGUUCAUUAGAUGGUGAAAAGCAUUUGCAGUACAAGAAACGAUGGAGCUUCAAGCAAAUAGAUUCUCUUACUCACAAUGUAAAUAUGAGCAUAGCUUCUCAAGCUAGUAACACAAUGACUCAAGAAUUUCAGAAAGAGGAGAGUAAAAGAGACUUUAUUCAUUGAGCUCCAAUUAAUAUUCUGCUAAACACUUCUAGUCUUAAUGGGACUCAGCUCAAAUACCGUAAAGAUGUGAUCAACAAGAAGAUCUUCAGAGCCUUCAAGAAGUUCAUCGCCCGCUGCUUCUACUCCACCGAUUGUAAGCCCAGCAAACUUAAAGUUCCGUUUGGAGACUUCAAGCAAACUUUACUUGAAGAUGCUGAGAGGAUUGGACUCUCCCAUCCAGAAGAUGCUUCCGAGAACACUGAAGAGUUCAGGGAACUUGUAUGCUGGCUGGCAAUGAAUAAGUAUACCAAGAUAACAAAGAGUCUCUUUAACUACAACAACGACUCUAUCAGGAUACUUUCGACAAUCCUAGUUAAAUAUUCCCAUUCAAGUUUGGAAAAUCUUAUCAAAAAUAAAAAAAUCGGGAGAGCUUUCAAAUUCUUCACAGAGAAUGGACUCACACCAUUCAUUACAAGUUUACCAAAAGCAAGCAGAGAAAUUUAUUCAAAGACUGUUAGUCUUAUCGCUGAAUGAUUUAAUUAUAAUUGAUAAGUAAAUUUAGUUGC